AUGUUGAAAUCUUUUUGGCGGGGAGGCGGUAAUAACAACAAGGGGAUUUGGUGGCUUGCUUGGGAGAGUUUGACUUACCCUAAAAGUGAAGGAGGGUUGGGUUUCCGUGACAUUAGAGCGUUCAAAAUUGCAAUGGUGGCAAAACAAGUAUGGAAUUUCAUGACUAAUCCGAAUGCAUUGAUUUCCAAAUUCUUUAGAACAAAAUACUUCCAUACAUCUUCUUUUUUGGCGGCUAAGAUAGAGAAUAAUCCGAGUUUUGUGUGGCGUAGUUUGUGGAAAGCGAGGGAGGUUUUCUUACUAGGGUGUAGAUGGAGGAUUGGAGAUGGGAGCAACAUUAGAGUGAUGAAUGCUUCUUGGUUAAGGAAUGAUUGUGGGGGUUGGGUGGGAGCUCCGCAAGGGCGGCAUGUUUAUAGUUUGAUGGUUAAUUCCCUCUUUCAACCUAAUACUAAGCGGUGGGAUUAUAUUGAAAUUAACCAGUUGUUUCCUCUUGAGAUUGGUAAUGCUAUUUUGUAG